UCUUCUAGAUAUAGAACAGUUUUAUGUUUGAAAAACCCGUUUAUAACGAUUAUAUUGGGUUCGGGAAUUAGGGCUCCGCGACCACUUUCUCUUACUUGACGCUGCCUGCGGCCGGCGGACGGCCGACGGACGGCGGACAGCGAACGUCUGAAUUCUACAAAGGAUGGUGGGGCUUUCCACCGGGGAGAAGCGCUUCAUACAUGGUGGAAUAGCGCAGGACCUCCGCUCUGACGGCCGCAAGAGGCUACAUUUCCGGCCCUUCUGUGUCGAAACAGGAGUCAUUCCUCAGGCAAAUGGUUCAGCUCGAGUUCGAUUGGGUGCGACGGAUGUCAUUGUGAGUAUCAAGGCAGAACUCGGGAAACCAAGCUCUUUUCAACCUGAUAAAGGGAAGGUUGCUAUAUUCGUCGACUGCAGUCCAACGGCUGCCCCAGAGUUCGAGGGAAGAGGUGGUGAAGAGUUGUCUUCAGAGCUCUCAUUUGCUCUUGAGAGAUGCUUCCUAGGUGGUAAGACAGGGGCAGGGGCUGGAAUUGAUCUCUCUUCUCUGAUCAUUGUUGAGGGUAAGGUUUGCUGGGAUCUAUAUAUUGAUGGGCUUGUUGUCAGUUCAGAUGGCAAUCUACUGGAUGCAUUAGCAGCUGCUAUUAAGGUGGCCUUGAGUAAUACAGGCAUCCCAAAGGUGAAUGUUGAUCUCGGACCUUCACCAGAUGACCAACCAGAGGUCGACGUUAGCGAUGAAGAGUUCUUGCAGUUUGACACUUCUGGAGUUCCAGUUGUGGUUACCUUAACCAAGGUUGGCAGGCACUACAUUGUGGAUGCAACCUUGGAAGAGGAGUCUCAGAUGAGUUCUGCUGUGUCAGUCUCUGUGAACAGGCAUGGACACAUAUGUGGGUUGACCAAGCGUGGUGGCGCAGGCUUGGACCCUAGUGUUAUUCUUGACAUGAUAUCCGUGGCAAAACAUGUGAGCCAGAAUCUUAUAUCAGUGUUGGAUUCAGAGAUUGCUGCUGCUGAAGCAAAUGCUAAGGAGUGACAAUAUUAUUACUUUAGAUAGUUAAGUAAUUGUUCUUGUACUCUGUGUUAAUGUAAAAUUUGCUUAGAAAUCUCUUCACCAUAUGAAAACUCGCGUUGGAUACAUUUUUUAAGUCCCUUUGAUCAUUUUA